AUGGUAAUAUCCUGGCUUCUCAAUUCCAUUUCUAAAGAUAUUUCUUCCAGCAUAAUCUAUUGUGAAUCCGCUUCUGUCAUUUGGGCCGAUUUAAAGGAACAGUAUUCUCAAGUCAAUGGGCCACCUCUUUACAAACUUAAACAAAAUAUUAGUAAUCAUGUUCAAGGUUCUCUUUCAGUUACAUUAUAUUUUGCAAAGUUGAAGGGCUUAAGGGAUGAGUUGGCUGAAAUUCAAUCCCCGCACAUUUGCACAUGCAGUACCUGCACUUGUGGUGCUUGUAAGAACAAUCUGGCCCAACAAGAAUCUGACAAUAUGUUGACCUUUCUUAUGGGCCUCAAUGAAUCCUACGGUGUAACUUGUGGACAUAUACUAUUGAUGGAUCCACUUCCAAUUGUAAGUCAUACCUAUGCCCUGGUCAUGCAAGAAGAACGCCACUGCAACAUCUCGACUCCACCAUCCAUUGAAGGCAUUGCUUUGGCCACCUCCAACUAUCCACCACAGAAAGACAGCCGACUAGGUCCACCUAAAAGGUCCCUCAAAUGCAAUCAUGGUGGGAAAGAUGGGCACACUAUUGAUCGCUAUUAUCGCAUCCAUGGCUUCCCUCCGGGAUCUUGUAACUCUAAGCCUGUCACAAGUUCCAAGCAUAGUGCCAAUCAAGUUUCCUCUACUACCAGCAGUUUUCCUUUUACCCCCAAGUAA